AUGCCUUCCUCACACCACCAUCCCUCUCAAUACCGGAAGAUUCCUCGCGGCAUAUCCCGCCCUUUGGCCCGCCUUGACACUCGAGAGGAGUCUGUGGAACUCCUUUCUCAUGGUCGAGAAGUCCGCGAGCCCUCUUUGUUCGUCGAAGACCGCAAAGGCGAUCCGCAAAACCUGACAUAUGGGUCACUGGAUCGGCAUGCUGUACCGCGCUAUCGACCAGUCGGUCAUGGUGGUUUACUCGGUCUCGGUCCGAAUUAUCGAAUAGUUUCUCGAUCAGAGUCUCGCCUUGACGUCGAAAAUGUCGAUAUUGAUUCCACACGGAGGUCCCGCAGACAGUCUCUCCUCGAGAAGCUUCCCGAAGACGACCAAGCGGCGGAGAAUGUUCAGUCCGGAGUGAGUCUCGACUCAGACCUGCGCCAGGACUUUCUGAGCUUCGAAUAUGGGCAUCCAAGGAAGAGGAGACGGAUAUUGGCCGGAUCGGAGCACGCAACCUUGGAAGACAGCGACAGUGAUGAGUCAGACACAGACAGCCAGGCGCUUGCACAGCCCAAGGACGCUUUUGAUGAGUUCAAAAGGAACCCCGUCCAUCAGCGUCAUAUGGAUCUCUUGAGAGCCACGGAAACCCGGCCCGAGGACGUGUCGGCAUGGCUAACUUUGAUUGAGUAUCAACCCAUCCUCUUCGGCGAGGAGCGCCGCUCCCGCAGCUCCGGUCCUUCCUCGUCAAGGACUGUUGUCGAUCUCAAGAUCUCGCUGUAUGAGCAAGCGUUAUCGUGCGUCAAAGCUCGCGAAGGUCGAAAUACUUUGAUCCUGGGUCUCAUGCGAGAGGGGAUGACGGUUUGGGAUGCAGAUAAGCAGGCAUCCAGAUGGCGUACUUUCCUCGGAGAGGAUGCCUCGUUCGACAUUUGGCGGCUUUACCUGAACUUCGUCCAAACCAAUCACGUCAAAUUCAGCUUUGAACCUUGUUUGGGGAUCUACAAGCAAUGGCUCCAAAAGGCUGAGAGUGCGUCAGCAGACCACAGGAGAGACACUAGCUGCAUAUACAUUCUUUUACGCUUGACCUUGUUUGUGUGGCAAGCCGGGUAUACCGAACACGCGGUUGGGAUUUGGCAAGCGCUCCUCGAAUUCAAUUACUUCCGACCCCGAGACAUCGCUCCCGCAGAGCUCAUACCAUCCUUCAAGCAAUUCUGGGGGAGCGAGGUUGCGCGAAUAGGGGAGGAAGGUUCGGCGGGGUGGCGAUCAAAUGCAAACAGUGAAGUCGAGGCCAGAAGUGACAAAACAUUCCAAGUGCAGCAUAUGGAUUUCGAAGCCUGGGCUGCUGCUGAAAAUGACCUUGAAAAGACCGCCGGAUUACCUGCAAGAGCUCUAGAUGAAGUUGACCAGGACGAUCCUUACCGCGUUCUUCUCUUCUCGGAUGUUAAAGACUUUCUCUUCUCGCCAACCACAGAAGAGGGCUCGUGGCUACUGCAGGACGCCUUCUUGUUGUUCGCAGGCCUUUCGCCUCUAUCAUCAUUACCCGAGUCCAGGGUUUGGGAACGAGACCCUUUCGUUCAUAGCCAUUCGUCUGCCUCCGACGUCGCUGUGGUACCGGACGGUCUUGGGGAGAGCAAUUUUGGGUUGCAGAUGCGCUUUCGGGAAGUCUUUCUGGCUGCUCGUCAUUUGAGCUCUCAGACAAAUAGCGGUCUCCUGCCUUCCCCGGCAAGCGUCGUGGGUUCUUCUCUCGGCUUUGUUCGCCGAGCCAUAUCCCAGCUCGCGAGACUGGCUUCUGACGAAGAACCAAGUGAGGUACAUAUGGAAUACGCGAUUGCAUUGGAAGCUGGAAUUGAUUUGAAAUCAGCCAGAAAACAGACGAGGUCAUUUCUUAAGCGCAAAGCUGACAGCCUGAAACUCUAUAAUACGUAUGCCCUGCUUGAGUGCCAGCUGGGCAACCUCGAAGCCGCUGAAAGGGUUUGGUCAACUGCACUGUCGAUGCGAUAUUCGCUCAGCCAAGAUGUGCAAAUGGACUCAUUCCUUCUGUGGCGGGACUGGGCAUAUUCGUACAUGUGUCGAAAACAAUUUCAUCACGCUAGGGUUCUCCUAAGUCUGAUGACAGAGGAGCAGGUGGACUUAGUUCGGCUUCGAAAAGAGAUCGAAACCAUUAAUGAACCGUCUGCUGCCAUGCAGAUCAAGGUCGAGCAAUACAUCAAGACGCACAUCGACCAGGGCCGCUCUCAGAAGCCAGCAGAGCAAUUACCGGCGCUGAUCGACGUCCUUGCAUUUCAUAGGUACCUCAAUGCUGACCUGUCGCUUGAAGUGGCCCUGCAGAUAUACCAUGCAUCUCUCAUAUCUUUAACGGGUCUGUCGACAGUAUCUUCUUCAGUGCUCGAAGCUGUUCACGAGCACCGAGCUCGCUUCAUCUACGCUCAUUCCGUGACGUUCGGAAGGAGUUUUAGACCGCGCGAACUCCUCUCCGUUCUGAAAGACUCGAAAGAAACGUUUCCCGACAACCUCAACCUCUCGCUGCUACAUUAUUAUUUCCUUCAGAAAGCCGGACUUUUUGACCGGCUGCGGCAGGUCGACUCCAAAGAAGAUGGACAUGGAGAUGUGCAAAUCGAACAGAGUGUUGUUCCAUGCGUGUAUGAGUUGAUGCUCGAGCUCAACAGACCGUCGUACAGCGGGAGCACAAACCACAGCAUUCGCUCGGCUUUCAAACGUGUGACUCAGCUGGGAUCUUCUGGGCACGACAGUCUUCAAAUAUGGAAAACAUACGUUCUCUGGGAAACAUCAUUGAUCAAGUUCCAUGACACUUCGGACCUAAGGGGAAAAGAAUCCAUGAGGCUUGAAGAGAAAGCUCAAGGACAAGCAGCAAUGGCGACGCAAUCCUUGUAUGCGUCGCUACGGGCCUGCCCAUGGUCGAAAGAACUAUGCAUGCUGGGAUUUACGCAGCCAGCGCUGAGAAACGCAAUUGGCAAUGCCAAACUCCGACAGGUCUACGAGACCAUGCUAGAUAGAGGUAUACGGGUGCGUCUUGACAUAACAGAUACAUUUCUGUAG